UUCGUACGAUUUUUUUCCCCCCUUGGGUUGGUCACGUGAAGCGCGCGGGGCGGGACAACCCAAAUCCCCAUCGAGCCCAAACCCUAAUCCCGACUCGAGCCGCGACCGAUCCCCACCCCCAUCUCCGAUCCGAUCCGAUCCCAAUUCCCAAUCCGAUGCUCCCCGUCGUCGACGACCCCUCCGCCGCCGCCGCCGCGGCCGUCGGGGCAGCCGCCUCCUCCUCCUUCCCCGACGCCGACGUGUAUGGCAACGGGGAUUCCGACGACAUCGAUUUCCCCUCCGACCCGAACCACACCACCACCCAGGCCUUCUCCUCGGCCACCGCGGCGGCCGGCGUGGGAGGGGGCGGCGCCGGCGCGGGUGGGGCCGGGGCCGGGGAGCGGCGGCCCCUGUUCCAGCGGCUGUGGACGGAGGAGGACGAGAUCGUGAUCCUGCGCGCGUUCGCGGAGUUCACGGCGCAGCGCGGGACGGCGUUCGCGUCGCACCAGUACGACACGGACCCCUUCUACGAGGAGAUGCGGCGGCGCCUCCAGCUCGACUUCUCCAAGAGCCAGCUCGUGGAGAAGCUCCGCCGCCUCAAGCGCAAGUACCGCAACUGCGUCGACCGCCUCCGCGCCACCGGACAGUCCUUCUCCUUCCGCUCGCCGCACGAGCAGGCCAUCUUCGAGAUCGCGCGCGGCAUCUGGCGCCCGAGCUCCGACAAGCACGGCCGCGACCCAUCCGCCGCCGACUCCGACGACGACGCGGUCCCCGACGCCGCGGCCGUCGCCGUCCCCGCGCCGGCCAACGGGGAGGUCAAGUCCCCUUCCUCCUCGAGAGCGCAGCGCCGCGGCCGCCGCAGGCGCACGGCCGACGUCAACGCCGCCGACGCAUCCGAGGCGCCGCAGCCUUACCCGCAGGUGCCGGCGCCGGCGCCGGGUCCGGGACCUGUCAAGGCGGAGGACGCGCUCCCGCUCCCGCACUUCUUCCCCCAGGGGGGAGCGGGAGCGGUCACUCCCACCGCCGCCGCGCACGCCCACGGCGUGGAUCCCGCCGCGGCGGCGAACGCGGAGGGCGGCAUCCUGGCGCCGCUGUUCAAGGAGAUGGUCCGCGCGAUGCUGACCGCCGGGAUGGCGCCGCCGCUGGGCGUGCCGGAGCCGCCGGCGCUGGGGAUCCCGAUGGAAGGGGAGAAGUGGAGGCAGCAGCGGAUCCUGGAGCUGGAGGUGUACCUCCGGCGCAUCGACCUGCUGCAGGACCAGGUGAGGUCGGCGCUGGAGGAGCUCAAGUCGACGCCGGCGACGCAGUGACGUCAGCCUCUCAGCGCUAUCAUAGCAAGCAGCAGCAGCAGCAGUACAUUUGUCACUUAGCCUGACAGCAAGGUGUUUUGCAGAUAGGAUUAGCAGGGUUGGACAGUAGGGCCUAUUAAUUCCUCUCGCUAAAUAUUCAGUCUCCCGUUAGAUUGUCUGCUUCUUCCGCAUUUUUACAUAAGAUUAUCAAUAAAUGAUUUUGAUUA